AUGGCAGGUAAUGGAGGGCGUCCGGUGAUAGAAGCUGCAAGGCCAAAUCUUUCUAAUAUGACCCAGGCUAUUGUCAAGCCUGAUAUCACUGGUCACUUUGAGCUUAAACAGUACAUGGUACAGCUGGUUCAGUCCACUAGGCAAUAUCUAGCUACAAAUCAAAACACUAGACCCGCAGGUGCUCUUCCAAUUGAUACAGAAAAAAAUCCGCAAGUUAGUGCAAUUACACUUAGAACUAGAAGGGAAUUAGAAAAAGUUUCAAAGAAGAGAAAAGACAAGCCUAUACCUGAGAGUGAAUUGAUUCCCAAAGCAACACAGGAAGCAAAGAAAGAUGAUACAGUUUCAGUGCCUAUUCAAUUGAAUAUUCCGUUGGUAGAUGUGAUUCGUGAUAUUCCAAAGUAUGCCAAGUACAUAAAAGAUAUUGUGUCUAACAAGAGGAGAUUGAUUGAAUUUGAAAUAGUUGCACCUACUGAGGAUUUUACUAUCCCCGUGAGAAUAGGCAAUGUUGAUGUAGGUCAUGCACUUUGUGAUUUGGGAGCAAGAAUAAAUUUGAUGUCAUUGUCCUUGUACAAAAAAUUGGGUUUGGGAGCUCCAAAACCCACCACUAUGAUGUUGCAACUAGCAGACAGGUCCAUAACUUACCCGGAAGGGGUGAUUGAAGAUGUGCUGCUGAAAAUUGGGAAAUUCAUUUUCCCAGCUGAUUUCAUUAUCUUAGAUUUUGAAACAGAUGAAAAAGUUCCUAUUAUAUUGGGAAGACCUCUCUUGGAUACAGGUGAUGCUAUAAUUAAAGUAAGAGAGGGAAAAAUGAUCAUGAGAGUUGACAACGAGGAAGCUGUUUUUAAUGUAUACAAAGCAAUUCAACUUCCUCGCCAUUAUGAAGGAUUGUCUAUGAUAUCUGCCAUGGAGAUGGAUGAGCAAUUUAUUGCCCCAAGUGUAUAUUUGAAGUAUUCUUUAGAGAAAGCAAUUGUGUUGUUCGAGAGUUUGGAGAUUAAUAAUGAGGUUGAAGAGAUAAAGCAUAUUUUGAAUGCAUCAUGUGAAUAUAUUAAAGGUUUAAAUCCCUUUGAACCUUUGAAUAGACCAAAUGGUUCUCAUCCGAAGCCAUCAAUUGAAGAAGCUCCAAAAUUGGAACUAAAGCAUUUACCUUCUCACCUUCAUUAUGCUUAUUUGGGUAGUUCUGAUACAUUAUCUGCUAUUAUUUCUUCUGACUUGUCUGAAUUGCAGGAGGAAAAAUUGCUGAGAGUACUACGUGAGCAUAAAAGAGCAAUUGGGUGGAUAAUGUCUGACAUGAGAGGUAUUAGUCCAGCUUUUUGCAUGCAUAAAAUUCUCAUGGAGGAAGGACACAAGCCGAGCAUAGAACAAUAA